AUGUAUCGUGUAGAGUACGACGUGUCGUCGCAGUUUACUGCAAGAGGACAUCAAGAUCAGUGGUGUCCAGUAGCACCUACACCAGCUAUCUGGGUCGUACAGACUGUGAGGACUAGCGCACCGACCACAGACCCGAUCUCAAGUGGAUACUUUCGAUUAGAGCUGACACGGAGGAACAUCGUGGAAGUAUCCGACCCGAUCCCUUGGAACGCAGUCGCGGGAGCGAGUGACGAGGCGAGUUCUGUGUCAUCUUCGUCGUCCGGCGUUUUCUGUACGACGGGAGUUGCCGUCUGUACGACCGCUCAGAUCCAAACUUCGGGGUCUAUGCAGUCGAAACUCGGGCAGUUUUCACAACUUGAGAGUGGGGUGGAGGUCACACGCAGUGCUGGAGAUGGUGGCGGUUAUAUGUGGACGAUCACGUUUCUAGACGGUGGAGACGAUUUCUCACUUACGCCUAGGGAUGUCAAUCUCGCGUGUACAGGUGCUGGUUGUACGGGGACGUACGGUGUGCUUCCACCUUCCAAGUCCAGAGCCGGUGUCAAACCUUCGAGCUGCUCUGGGAGCCACGUGAUCCCCACUUCGGGUGCGUUGAAUAAGGGACAACUGUACUAUGUACGCGUAUUCGCAUACAACCAGAUCGGCUUUGGAGAUCCUCAACUGGCUGUGUCUCCUCAGAAACCUAUGGUGGUCCCAGGAGCUCCAACUGGCGUGACCUUGGCGGUGCUAACCGUAUCCGAGCUCGUCGUACUCUUUAAUCCACCCGAUGAUAACGGUGGGGAUACAGUCGCAGGGUACGAAGUGCAGUGGGCUACAGAUACAGCAUUCACGUCUCCUAGCUCCGCUCUCGUCCAACUGACGACGGGUAUGAGCUCUCCUUACAAACGUAUCAUCUCGUCUCUAACGAAAGGAACGCGGUACUACGUUCGUGUUCGAGCGCGCAACUCGCAAGGUCUUGGACAAUUCCAAGUCUCUUCUCCAGCUUCACAACAACCAUACACGACACCAAGCUCACCCACACAGGUCGUGCUUGGGAUCACCAGCUCGACCAUGUUAACGGUGGGGUGGGCUCCCCCUAUUGACGACGGAGGAGACGCGGUUUCCGGGUAUAUUGUGCAAUGGGAUGUGGUUCCUACCUUUGAUUCCUUAGCCACAGGAAGCACCACUGCGGUGAUCAACGACGCGACUCAACGGGCGUACACGAUAACGCUCUUGACGCCUGGCACACGGUACUACGUCCGUGUGUUCGCCAAGAACCUCGGAGGUAAAGGUACUCCACAGACGUCGACUCCAGCGUCGAUAAUACCGGCUACAACGCGUCCGGGUAAACCCAACUCGUUGGCUGCUGCGCCCACGGCUACUGUCGGGCAGCUGCAAGUUGUAUGGCAACCACCGCGUAUGCCAGCGCAUGGAAUUCCGUGUGCUGGGACGUUGCCAGCACCUCAGAGUUGCCCUGUUUUGGGUGGACUAGACAUGGUGUUUGGAGGCGUGAGUCUUGAGAGUUACUUGGUGCAAUAUGCAGACUCUAGCGACUUCUCUUUGGCUAAGGAGGUCAGUGUUACGACCACGUCGGCAAUUGUAUCGGGGCUCGAAAGUGGGAAAACCUACUAUGUUAGGGUUCUUACGGUGAAUAGUCAAGGACUUAACAGCGACUUCUGCAUGCGAGCGAACGCCCAAGGUCUGCUCUGCCCGGGCCACUUAGUGCUAGAAGACGGUAGUGUCGUCACGGGAGACUUUGUCUUCGCUGCACCAAAGUAG